AUGAUCGAGCAGCAGAAGCGGAAGGUCCCGGGCAGCGGCCCUGGCCCGGGCCCCGCUCCCGGCCCCGCUCCCGCCUCCGGCGCCGCCCCUGGUCCCGACCUCCCGCUUGUUCCUGUGGCGGCCAAGCGGCCCCGCCAUGAGCUGCCCGGAGCGCCGGGCACCGGUGGGGCACAGCCCGCCCCCGGGGCCCUGCUGCAGGCGGGCCCAACCCGCUGCUCCUCCCUGCAGGCCCCCAUCAUGCUGCUCUCAGGGCACGAAGGAGAGGUUUACUGCUGCAAGUUCCACCCCAAUGGCAACACCCUGGCCUCUGCUGGCUUCGACAGGCUCAUCUUGCUGUGGAAUGUCUAUGGGGACUGUGAUAACUUUGCCACGCUGAAGGGGCACAGUGGAGCUGUCAUGGAGCUGCACUACAACACUGAUGGCAGCAUGCUCUUCUCAGCAUCCACAGACAAAACCGUGGCUGUGUGGGACAGUGAGACUGGGGAGAGAGUGAAGAGGCUGAAGGGCCACACCUCCUUUGUCAACUCCUGCUACCCAGCCAGGAGAGGACCCCAGCUGGUCUGCACGGGCAGUGAUGAUGGCACUGUGAAGCUGUGGGACAUCAGGAAGAAAGCUGCUGUCCAGACCUUUCAGAACACCUACCAGGUCCUGGCUGUGACUUUCAAUGACACCAGUGAUCAGAUCAUAUCUGGAGGCAUUGACAAUGACAUUAAGGUGUGGGACCUGCGCCAGAACAAGCUGACGUACAGCAUGCGGGGACACGCGGACUCGGUCACGGGCCUCAGCCUCAGCUCAGAGGGCUCCUACCUGCUCUCCAAUGCCAUGGACAACACAGUUCGCAUCUGGGACGUGAGGCCCUUUGCCCCCAAAGAGAGAUGUGUGAAGAUCUUCCAAGGGAAUGUGCACAACUUUGAGAAGAAUCUUCUGAGGUGCUCCUGGUCCCCAGAUGGGAGUAAAAUUGCUGGAGGAUCAGCUGACAGGUUUGUCUACGUGUGGGACACCACAUCCAGGAGGAUUCUGUACAAGCUGCCAGGCCAUGCUGGCUCAGUCAAUGAGUUGGCUUUCCACCCAGAGGAGCCCAUCAUCCUGUCUGCAUCCAGUGACAAGAGGCUAUACAUGGGGGAGAUCCAGUGA